AUGGAUAGUCUGGAAGAGAACCUGGAAAAUAUUCCGUCUGAUUUCGAGGAGAUGUUGGACGAUUACAAUGUUUCUAAUUCUGAACGAGAUAGUGACACUCAAUGCGACUCAGUAAAUGACAAGAAAUUGGUGAUGAAUGGUGAUGGCUGUGGUGCUACACCGACCACAAUGGAUAAGUGGACUUGGCUUUCGAAUUUCUUCUCAGUACCACUAUUCAUCCUUUACGAGAUCAAAGACUUUUUACUUGCUCAAGUACUGGGCAUACGAUUUUUUGUAUUUGUUUUGCAACUGCUGUUCAAUUCUUGGGAUUUCUCUACUGAUGCUUUCAAAGGUGUACCGGUGGACGAAGCUUAUUUGUGGUUUUUCUGUGCACUAGAGUUUGUUUUGAGCGUUGAUCCUGAAAAUCCUAGACGACGUCGUGUAAUCUUCAAAAGCGGUCUCCCUGCUAUUAUCUCGCAAAUGGCCAAGUUUACAUUGUUUGUGACACUUGCUCCGUUAUCUGUUUCGCUUCCCAUUUUUGUGCACGGACGUCACCAACAAACUGCCUUCUGUUCGAAAUCGUCUGCCGGUAGUGUUCCAAUAACACUGCAACGUUUUGCUAAGGAACACAGUCUGGUCACAGUUGGACGUACCGAUGUCAUUAAUUGGUGCAACGUUUCGUCUUCGAUUUUCCCACCAUUUUAUUCUGCAAUCCAAUCGAAGUACUGGCAGGUGUCAAUGUUUGGGUAUUGGCAGUUAACUAAAGUGCCUUGCUUCCUGAUGGCGGGGCCAGCGUUUUUUAUCGUGGUAUUCGGUACCUAUAGAACUUGGUGUCGUGUUUGGUCGAAAAGGUGCGUUAUCUCUUCACUUUUUUUUUGUCUAAUCAUUAUAAUUAGCAACCACAUCUGUUUACGGCUGAUUGUUCUACAGUAUUUCUCAAAUAAGUUUCAUUAUGUGCCGAAAUUCUCAACAUUUGCGACUUUUUUCGUUUUCAGAAGUUUUUUGCACCUCUUAGCCGAAAGUGGUGAUCAUGUGCCAUAUACACUUCAUGCUUUGUUCAUGGCAUUUGGAGCAUUAUUUGUUUAUAAUGUAGAGGUGCUGACCCGCGUUUUGUUCUCAAGCUCACCAUUUCCGUAUCUGGUUCUGGCUCGAUGGAUUUCUGAUAUAACACCGAAGGUGACGCUUGCAUUAGUAACCCAUUUCAUUUUGGAAAAUAACAGCAUGGUAUUUGUUUCACACGACAAUUAA